AUGGGUAACAAACAACCCAACACAUCAUCGACUGAGCUCACCGAUAAACAAAUUGCUUUACUUAAAUCCAAUACUAACUAUAGUGAGGAAGAAAUUCGACAGUGGCAUGCGGGUUUUAUUCGUGAUUGUCCAAAUGGUAAACUUGAUAAGAAAAAAUUUGUUGAUAUCUAUCGACAGUUCUAUCCAAGAGGUAAACCGGACAAUUACUGCAAAUAUGCUUUUACUACAUUUGAUACUAAUCAUGAUGGUUUGGUAGACUUUUCAGAGUUUCUUCUAGCGAUCACAGCUACCAGUCAAGGUGAUCUUGAUGAUCGUCUGACCAUUGCUUUUGAAAUGUUCGACAUAUCCAAUGAUGGACAAAUUGAUCUCAAGGAGCUCACUAAAUUACUUACAGCGAUGUAUGAUCUUGUCGGUGAAUCCGAUCGUACUGGUGAUAGAGACCCCAAGAAACGCGCUGCGAAUAUUAUAGCAAAACUAGAUAUAAGCGGCGACAAAAAACUGAGCAAAGCUGAAUUCAUUGCAGGAUGUAAAAACGAUGCUGUUAUUCGUAAACUACUUGCUCCAAACAUUUGA